AUGGCCGCUUCUACCACCGUGCCUACUGCCGAGCAAAUCGCCGUCCCCGAGACUUUGCUCAAGAAGAGGAGGACCAACGAGGCCACCCGUGAGGCCAAGUUGGCUGCCGCCGCUGAGGCCAGGAAGGCUCAGAAGGCCAAGAGAAAGGUCAUCUUCAAGAGGGCCGACGAGUACGUCAAGGAGUACCUCAACGCCGAGAAGGAGGAGGUCCGACUCAAGCGAGAGGCCAGGAAGACCGGUGACUACUACGUCCCCGCUCAGCCCAAGGUCUACUUUGUUGUCCGACUUAAGGGUAUCUCCAAGAUCGCCCCCAAGCCCAAGAAGAUCCUCCAGCUUCUCCGUCUCCUCCAGAUCAACAACGGUGUCUUUAUCCGUGUGACCAAGGCCACCACCCAGAUGCUCAACCUUGUCAACCCCUACAUCACCUACGGUGAGGUCAACCUCAAGGCCAUCCGUGAGCUCGUCUACAAGCGAGGUUACGCCAAGGUCGACGGUCAGCGAAUCCCCAUCACCGACAACGCCAUCAUCGAGAAGCAGCUCGGCAAGUUCGGUAUCAUCUGUCUUGAGGACAUUGUCCACGAGAUUGCCACUUGUGGCCCCAACUUCAAGCAGGUCACCUCCAACCUUUGGCCCUUCAAGCUCUCCAACCCCAACGGUGGCUGGAGGCCCAGAAAGUUCAUCGGUUACGUCGAAGGUGGUGACGCUGGUAACAGGGAGAAGGCCAUGUCCAAGCUCGUCCACCAGAUGGUUUAA